GGCCCGGACACGGGCAGGUUUCCUGGACUUCAGGUUCGGGCAGGAUACUAGGUGCCGUGAAAUCCUUUGCUGUGACUCGUGGAGCCCUGGGUUUAGCUGCACUCACCUGCUGCAAGGAUGGACAGCGAGGUGCAGAGGGACGGCAGGAUCCUGGAUUUGAUCGAUGAUGCGUGGAGGGAAGAUAAAUUGCCAUAUGAGGACGUGGCUAUCCCUCUGAAUGAGCUCCCUGAACCAGAGCAAGACAACGGUGGCACCACCGAGUCUGUUAAAGAGCAAGAAAUGAAGUGGACAGAUUUGGCUCUCCAGUAUCUCCAUGAAAAUGUUCCACCCACGGGAAACUAGUGAAUCAGUGAGAUUUCAUGCAGCAGAUGCAUGAAUGCCACAUAAAAAUAUUUUUCAGCUGACCACUGUUGUCAGAAGCUACUCUAAGAAAGAACCAGCAUUCCUGAAACAUUCGGAUUCCAGCAGUAGUUCUGCUCACAGCGACCAGUUUAAAAUGCUUCUGUAAUGAGUGUGAAAUAGCAGAGGUCGCUGACACCCAGAGCUAAGAGCAAAAUGUUUCACCUAUUUAUUUCAUUUUUUCUGUAAAUUUUUCUUAAGUUGGUGCCAAUUCUGAUCUUCAGUGUUUUCUCCACAUGAUUAAAAAGUAGUUUUUACUGUC